UUAUGUGUGCAGUGUGUAGACCAUACGUUGGAGACAGUGGAGAUGUCAUAUUCGAUGGAAAAAUAGCCAUCUUGCCAUUCACAACACAAGAGCCAGCAAUGAGAAAAUCAAAGAACAGGCCAAGAGGCACCUUGGAGACCAAGCCCAUUCAAUCAGUGAACAAGGAUGUAAUGAGAGAAUGCCUUAUUCAUAAGAUCAUACCAGCAAUCAAGGCUAAAUGGCCAGAUAACAUAAGCAAGGACAUAUUCAUCCAACAAGACAAUGCCAGACCUCACAUCAUGCAUAAUGAUGCAGAAUUUCAGUCAGUUGCAAACACAGAUGGGUUCAGAUUCCAUAUCAUUUGCCAGCCAUCUAACUCUCCUGAUUGUAAUGUCUUGGAUUUAGGAUUUUUCAGGGCCAUCCAGUCUAUACAGGAUGACAAAUUGGCUAGGGGAGUGGAUGAGUUAGUGGCUAAUGUGCAAGCAGUCUUUGAUGAACUUAGUGCAGGAACAUUGAACAAGGUUUUUCUGACUCUUCAAGGAUGUUUAACUGAGAUUUUGAAGGGGGAAGGGGGGAAUGGCUACAAAACUCCACACAUUAACAAAGAAAGGUUGACAAGGCUGGGGAUACUGCCAAAGACAUUGGAGGUUGAAGAACACAUAGUGAAAGCUGCAGUGGAAUACCUCCAGCAGCCUGAAAAUAAUGAGAUCACCUCAUAUGACAUCUCAAGUAUCAGUAGAGUUGUAGGGUUCUAAGAUCAGUAAGGUAAGGAACAUUUUUUGGCAGUUGAAUGUGGAAGCCUCAAGAUUAGGUGUGGCUUAUGCUAUCAACUGUUUUUUGUACACUUUUGUAAAGCCUCCAAACCUACAUAUGUAGGGGUGGCUUCUAAAAUCCUAAUCCCUCAGAACAUUGUCAUCAUAGGGCUGGGGAUACUACCAAAACAGCCUCCUAACCAUGUAAAGGGGUGGCUGUUGUAAAGUCAGUGUGUGGUUUUUAUUUCCCUCAGAUAUUGCUGUUUAUAUCAACUCACAAGUAAGCCUCCUAACCAAACAAUAGGGGUGGCUUAAUAUUCAACACAUAUCUAUAAUAACAACACACUGCAAAUCAUCAUAGGGUAUGAUCAACACAAUAAACAGCAACAUUCAAUCAACUAGUUUAACCACAGCAGCCAACAAACCAGCAACAUUCAAUCAACAAAUGAAACCACAGCAGCCAACACAACAUCAAACCUCCAACACAUACCAACAACCACAGCCUCCAACACAUACCAACAACCACAGCCUCCAACAAACCCAUACCAACAAACCACAGCCUACAACAAACCAAUACCAACAAACUACCAGCCUCAAACCCACACCAAAAAACCACCAGCCUCCAACCC